AUGUAUUGUAAUGAUCCAUAAUUUACAUUACUAAAUAUAGAAGAAGAAUGGAGCAAUGUUAACAAAAAAAUGUAGAAUCCUUUAAAUUUAGAACCUUGGAAUGGAAAUUAUGAUCAAAUUUUCAAAUAGGAUAGAAAAUAAAUAUCUCCAAAAAAGAUGCAAAUAAAAACUCCAAUUAGAAUGUCAACUUAAACUAGAAGAAGAUCUAUGGAAAGCAAUAAUCCAAGUCUUUAAGACAGUUGUCCUAAGAUUGAAAUAAAAUCUUAUAUACAAUCCUUUUAGAUGAUUAGUUUAUCUCCUCGUAAAAACUCAACUCAAAAAUAUCGAAAUUCAUGCAUAAAAACUCUUUUCCAAAAAUCAUUAUAAAAUAACUCUUUAACAUGGACUGAAUAUUAUAAAAUCAUUUAAAAGAAUAGAAAUGAAGAAGUGUUAAAUUAUAAUGUAAUUGGUUAAAAUAUAAAACCUCUUUAAUCAGAUGAAAAAUAAUAGGUUUUAAAUAAAUUUAGAAUGAAAUUAAAAUAAAAUACGAAAAACAAAACUUCUAUUUGA